AAACAGACAUCACCCUCCAGCAAACAUACGUCGAUGAGUUAUUUGCAGUAAUCCUUUGAGAGAAGCUGGUUACACAGCUCCUCAAAGUCUGCUCCAGAGAAGGAAACUUCUUCUGCACUGUUCAGAGCAACAGAAAUGAUAAUGAGGAUGUGAAAGCAAAAGGCUGAAACCCCUUCAGACAAAAGAUCUGUGGAAAAGAAGUUUCAACAUGCCUGGAGAAGAAAGACCAAGCUUUUUGUGUCUGAUUUUCGCUUUGAUCUCCACCACUGUUCAGUGUGCCACAGAAGCCUACGACAUUGCCAAAAAUUUGAAGUGCCACACUGACUACUCAACAGAGAUAGACUGCCAAUGGGUGGAAAAUGCAAAGGCAAGAGAAUACAUUCCAAUGGAAUUACAUUACAGGAAGGAGACAGAGUCCACGAGAAAGUACCCACAGCAAAAGUGCAACUCGAGAAAAUCACCAGGCAGUGGGUCUAGCUCUGUUCUCAACUGGAGAUGCACCAUAGAGGAUGACAAUUACGCUGUCUCAUUUCGAUAUAACUAUGUCUUUAAACCAGUAGAGCCCGUCAAUCUGAGCAAAUCCUUCAGACCCUUGGCAAACAUCAAACCUCAACCCCCGUUUAAUCUGAGUCUUGCCAACACAGUGGAAGGGGAUUACUUACUGUCCUGGCUGACAAUCUACACAAGAAAUUCAUCCAAUCGUCUCUUUGGAAGGCUACAGUAUGAAAUUAACUACAAGCGAAGCUGGGAUUCAUGGGAGAAUUCUGCAAUGGAAGCUGUGCAGGAAGGCAGCCAGCAGAUACAAAUCAGCAGAUCAUUGCUGGUAGAUUCAGAAACCUACGUUGCCCGUGUGAGAGCGAAGCCACAGCAGCAGGAGGAUUCUAGAGGCCACUGGAGUGAAUGGAGCUCAGAAAUACAGUGGGAGACAUCUGCAAACAGCUAUAACCUCCUAAAAGCUAAACCUGAGGUGAUGCCUCGAAAUCUGAUGUGUUUCUACGAUGGUAUCCAGGAGAUCGAAUGUACUUGGGAAAUAACAAGGGAGUCCAGUAAAUAUUUCCAAUUCAGCCUGCACUAUGGAAAAGCUAAUAGCUCUGAGACCAAGGAGUGUGAGAAUCCAGGUAUAAUGCAGACGUUUAAACAUCUCACCGUUCAUCGCUGUAGCAUUCCUGUGAAUGAGCAGGAGGCCAUGGAUGACUAUGAGGUGUUCCUGAAGAUUGUCGAGCCAUCAGUAGUAUUUAAACCCUAUAUCAACAUAAAACCAAAGGCCCCUUUCAACUUGACCAUAAAACAGCUUCCAGAUGAGAGGUAUCAAUUGGACUGGCUCGCUCAGCAGGCUCAAUUUAAUUCCGAAUAUGAAAUACAUUACAAGAAGGCUGGAGAUUCCUGGGAGAAUUUCAAAGUACUGAAAAUUCCUCAAGACACCAAAUCCUUCCAAAUCCAAAAGAAUUCAUUGGAGGCAUCCAGUCACUAUGUUGUCAGAGUGAGAGCGAAGGUGAAAUGUCGACAAGAUCCCCAUUCCUACUGUGGACCGUGGAGUGACUGGAGCAAAGAAGUUUCAUUUAAAACAGAGCCUGAUAACAAGAUAAUCAUCAUCGCGGCAGUUAUAAUUCUGAUGGUUUUAACCCUUUUUGUUCGUCCCUUCUUCUGCCUGAUACAAAGAAAAAAGAAGUCCUGGUUGGAGAGUAUCCCUGACCCAGCAAAGAGCAAGCUUUUCCUGAAACAGAACCAGACAGGGAUUCUUGGAUAUUUGGUCCCCGUGGGGACUGUUACUCUGGAAGAAGGCAAUAUCUGCCAAGUGGUGCCUGAUGGAACAGGGGAGACAUCUCCUCAGGUCAUUUCUAAGGAGGAAGCCACAUCUCUCCAGAUAGAAAAGGAGAAAGCCAGCUCGUCCCCUCUGCUGACUCGAAGCCAAGAUGCUCUCGAACAGUUGUACCCUGCUGUUGGAGCGAACCCAUCUUCUCAGGACGGUUUCUCUAAUUUCCCGAUGUUUCCGAGUGAGCUAUCUGAUUACAACGGCCCAUAUUUGUUCAAUUACCAAGCUAUAGCUUCUGGGUCUGAGUUCUGUUCGGAAUUUAAUCAUGGGUGUGAGAAACGUUUCGAAUGUGUAACAGGGCCCCCCGGAUAUGUGAAACUUCCUGGGGAAAGCCUACAUUUGGUCCAGGCAAAUGAUGGACCGACACCGCCUGUGCCAAGUUCUGCUUACGUCCUCAACGCCCCACAACCCAGCCCGGAUGUGCCGGACCCAGCUGGUUGUCACAUUGGCACUGGCAAUGCCAUGGAUGCUACUUUGAGCCAACUGGCGUCGGAGCAACAGCCCUCCCUUUCCAGUUAUGUCCUGUGCCCCCCAGUGUCAGGCUCCAGCCCGACGUUUCCGAGAGAGGCACACUCCGGCUACGUCCGCGAAAACGAUGCGGGCCAAUCCACUUCAAGCCAGGCCCAUCCGUGGGUGGAUGUGAUGGCGUACCCACCAGCCAGCCAGCGGCUGACAGGUCCCGAUGGGGAGUUAGAGACGCGGUGCUUUAUUCCGACGGCGGGCGAUGAAAGCACGCAGGGAUGGCGCAGCCACACCGACGGCUCCCAGGAAACUCAGUCGGUCACACCUCAGCAACCACCCAACAAUGUUAACUAUGUGUGUAUUCCGCCCAGCGAUCUCUCAGGACCCUCGCACGUCCCUCCUGAGCAGGCCUUAUUGAGUGCAGAUGGAAACACAAGUCUGUCGAGUGACCAUCAACAGGCUGUAGACUUUACUUGGACAACGGCCAUUAAUAACGGCGUAGAUUUUAAUUACCCUCCAGAGCAUCAAGUAGACUCCCAGAAAUCUCCAUCCAAAGAGGACACACAGUUGCUUACUAACAUGCAGAAUGAUACUCCUGUAGUAAUCCUCUACCAACAAGGAGGCAAACCACUAAUCCUCAAGCAAAUUGGAGAUUAUUGCUUCAUUCCAGGAUCCCGUCCUGCCAAUCCAAAAGAACCCAUCAAAUGCCACCCAGCAACGGAUACUGAACCAGCUAAAGAAGCUUCUGUUUGGCAUGAGGGUUUCAAUGUGAUGCCUUGUAUGACAAGUAACAAGGUAGCUCCACCUCAGAAUACUCCUCCAUGCUUCUUCGAAAACCAUCUUAAGGAAACAAUUGCGUAGCAUUUACUCAUCAAAAGAGAAGCUGGAACAAUUUCUGGCUGUUGAUAGCCAACUGCCAGAGCUAGUUGUCUCACCGAACCAGCACAAGCUGAAUGGCCUCUUCCUGUGCUGGAUCAUUCCACCAUUGUCAGAUGCUGACUCUAUUUGACCUCGGCAAAGCAUCCAGCUAAUGGUCAGGCAUCUUGCAUUUCUUCAUCUUCCUUCUUCUGGUAGCUCUGAUCAGGAAAAGCAUAUGGACGUACAUGGAAUAGUGUAGGUUAGAUGGGCUUAAGAUCGGUAUGACAGGUCGGCACAACAUCGAGGGCCGAAGGGCCUGUACUGUGCUGAAUGUUCUAUGUUCUAUGUUCUAUGAAAAGCCCUGACCACCACACUAACCUCCCCGAUUGUUAGCCAGGCUAUGGGCCAGCUCACGUGUGAUAAUUUCUGACACUCUGCUGGCGAUUAAAAACCGAACGUUUACAUUUUACAUGCUUAUGUGAACCUUUUCUGAAUUUCACCUCUUAACAACUUCGUUGUGACCGAAAAUUGCAUUGACUACCAACUGGAAGUCAAGGAAUUGAUGCCCAUGCUCAGCAGUGAAUGAGCGCGUAUUCUGAUGAUGCUGUUAAAUUGUUACUGCCUCUAAAGCCUUCAUGUGUCUGAGAGGACUGUUUGCCAAUCAAGGGCAUAUCUUCGAUUUUCAAUGCCCACCCCGUUCUUAGACAGUGGUGAGAAGAGAGGCCGUGGGGGAAUGGAGAUGGUUGGCAAAGUUUUCCCUUCCAAGCUGAAUUGACAGAGGCAACAAGGAAAUGACAAAUCAGCCGAAAUAAAGAAGUCGAUGGAUCUAUACAGGAUGCAAUCUCCUCCAAAAAAAUCUAAAAGAAAUUAUUUACAUAGCAACUUUUGUGACAUCGGAGUGCCCUAGAGCAUUUUGCAAUCAGUCGAGCCCUUUAUGACGUGUGGCCCUCAGUGUAUCAUAAGGUCAGUUGGCUGGACAAUGGUGGAAUGAUGCCAAUCAAUUCCCGCAGACGCUGAGGUCACCACGAAGGCUAUGCCAUCUCCAGAUUGCCACAUGCCAACAGAAUGGCAACCCUCAGGUUAAACUCGCCACCAGCCAUCUCUCUCUCUCUCUCUGUCUCUCUCUCUCUCUCUCUCUUUCUCUCUCUCUCACAUGAGAGAGCUGCCUUUGGUCAUUGUAAGCAUUCCCAGCAGGAAACACAGCAGUUAAUCUCUACACAAUUAAACUCUUUCAAGCAGCAGUGUGAUAGCACUGAGAUCAACCUGCUUUUAAUGCUGAGGGGCAAAUAUUGGCCAAGCCGCCAGAAAACACUUCCUGAAAAUAAUGCCAAGUGACCUUUCCCAUCUAUCCAAGAGGCUAAAAGAUGGGAUGUCUAAACAGUGUAUUUUUUUUUCUGCUCCUGUGUCAAACAGCGAUUGUCAGUUUCAGGACUUCUGUUCUGAAGUGAGAGUUUUUAGCACAACCAAGAUACAGGGCAACGCAAUGGUUCCACAAAGGAAUUUGAAACAGUUUGAAGUGAUGAGGUCCCAGUUUUUGGUGGACAGCACACUAUUGAUAACUAAGGAGGAAGCAUUUCUAAUUGGACAGGACAGCAGCCCAAAUGCUAUGUUCUGGAACACAGUUUCUGACAAGAUGUGGGCAGCAUCAGUCACAUUCCUAAAGGGAAUUGGAUAAAUAUGUAAAAGGGGAAAGAUUUUUCAGGAUUGAAAGGAGAGGAAGCAAGGGAGUUGGAAGUGCUUAUUCUUUUGUGGGAAGGGAGCACCACUGGCAAGAUUCGUUGCCCAUUUCCUGAUAUCCCCUGAACUACAGGCAGUCAGGAGUCAAAGAAACAUAAAAUCUAAAAGCAGCAGUAGGCUAUUCGGCCCUUCGAGCAUGCUGCACUAAUCAAUAGGAUCAUGGCUGAACCUCUAUCCCAAUGAUAUAUUCCUUUUUUCUCCCAAUAGCCAUCACUCUCUUUAACAUCAAUGGAAUCAAAGAAUCAAUGUCACUGCUGUGAGUCUGGAGUCAUGUGUAGGCCAGACCAGCUAAUGGUGGCAGAUUUCUGUCCCUGAAGGACAUCAGUGGAACAGUUGGGUCUUUAUGACAAUUUAUGAUUGUUACUGUUACUGAGGCUCGCACUUUGCUGCAGAUUUAUUAAUCGGAUGUGAAUCUCAUGACUUUGGUUAGACUUUCCCACUGACUCAUUUGUGUAAGUCGUAAAGUUUGCACCGUACAUAUCUUUAGUGUGGAACCUUCAUUUCUAUGUAUUAUUGGGCACGGUUAAAUGAGAUGCUUACUUAAAGAUUUCUGAUGUGUUGAAUGGUUUCAUGCAGCUUUAAGGGGUAAUAAAAAACAUAGGCAUGAACUGAGGUUGAUUUCUGAAUAAUUCUUUUAUUUGGGUUUCAGUCAGCCUGGCAUUAGCCACAAAAGGAAGUGAUACGACAGCAGUGAACUCUGGGCAUUGGCUGAAAAUAAAGGAUAGAUAUGUAAGCUGGUCUUGCGAGGACUUGCCUAGAAGCCAUUAUGUAUUUGGUCAAGAAUUGUAAAUAAAAGGUAUGAGUUAAAGUUAUCUUGUUGCGUGAGAUCAUGGCUGAUGUGAGAAUCUUCAAAUCCAAUUUCCUGCCUUUUACCCACAAUCCUGGAAUCAUUUAGUGAUUAAAAAUGUUCUCUCUCAGCCUUGAAUAUACUUAUCAGCCCUCUGUGGUAAAGAAUUCCACAGAUUCAUUACCUUCUGAGAGAAGAAAUUUCUCCUCAUCUCCCACUUAAAUGAGUGACAGCGCACUAUGAGUUUAUGCCGUCUAUUCCUAGACACUCUGGCAUAAUUUGAGGUCAACAUUACCUACAAAGAGGGUGUGGCAAUCAAACUCUUGCCAGAGGACUUUUUUUCAUGAGUUAGGUACAGCACUUGUCAAAUGGAUUAAAAACCAAAAGAACUGCGGAUGCUGGAAACCUGAAACAAAAACAGAAAUUGCUGGAAAAACUCAGCAGGUCUGGCAGCAUCCGUGGAGAGAAAUCAGAGUCGAUCGUAGCUAGGUAAAGGUUUGUAAUUUUACAACAGAAGGGUUGGAGGGGAGGGCUGGGGUUAAGUGAGCGAUAGGUGGAAACAGAAUCCAAAGAGAGAGAAAAACAGUUGGAGAGACAAAGGUCAGUCUCCAUCUUCAUAGAAUUCCCUACAGUGUGGAAGCAGGCCCUUUGGCCCAACAAGUCUACACUGACCCUCAGAGCAUCACAUUCCCCUAUAACCCACUCGAUCUACACAUCCCUGAACACUGUCGGAAAUUUGCCAUGACCAAUCCACCCAUCUCUGGACUGUGGGAGGAAAACAGAGCACCCGGAGGAAACCCACGCAGACACGGGGAGAAUGUGCAAACUCUCAAAGGUGGGAUCGAACCCAGGUCCUUGGUGCCAUGAGGCAGUAGUGCUAACUGUUGAGCCACCAUGCUGCUCUGGGAGCUUGCCAAAUGGAUGCUGGCUAAAAGGAGGGUCUUGUCACAGAAGUUAGGAAUUGGUAGUGGAUGUUUGAUUGGGGCAUUAACAGUCAAUGGGUAACCGUCAUUAUUACAGAUCACUGUCAUAACCAGGUAGAGGAAUGAGAUCAGUGACAGAAUCCACGAGAAGGCUGAAGGCAGUUGUAGAGGGAGUGAGGGAUAAAAAAUACACAUUCAGCUCAAUGUUGUCACGACAGCAGUUCAGGUAGGCUGCAAAGUUAGAGGUGACAUCUUAAAACUGCAGAAUUUGUUGCGCUUUGGGGUUCUCUUAGUUUAGCUAAAACAUCACGAGACUAGAGACAAGCUUGAAGGAAUCAAGACUCCGGUGACCCAGGGGUUGACAAAGGGCAGACCAUCACACAUUGAACAUC